AUGCCAAUAAUCGGCAUGGGAACAUGGGACCACUUUAUACCUGAAGUUAAGCUUGCAAUCAAUUCAGCGGUGUCUGAAACUACGGGUUAUAGCCCCAUUUAUUUAGUUCAAGGUAGAGAAGCCAGACUACCAGGCGCAACCUUUGACAAAUAUACACCAGGAUGCGGAACAGUCACCAAGAACCAAGAUCAAAAACAAUCACAACUACAACAGGUGUUUUCGGCGGUCAGGGCAAACAUCGUAGAAGCCUCCGGAACGCAAGCAAAGUAUUACAAUUUGCGAAGGAGACCGUGGCGACCAGACAUAGGCCAACUGGUGUGGAUCAAAGAAUACCCAGUCUCAAAAGCAACCCAGGAGUUUACCGCGAAACUAGCUCCACGCUACGGGUGUCCAUAUAGAAUAACCACCUUGGUAUCGCCAGUCAUAGUAAAGGCCACGCAUGUAACCACUCACCAGACACGCACCGCACAUGUCAAGGACUUGAAAUAUGCCAAUUUUAUGAACUAA